GUAAACUGAAAAUAAAAAAAUAAACGAAAAAUUACUUAAUUCACAAUUUUUCAUACAGAAGAAAACAUAUUUCUACACGGGCUAUACAAAAAAAAAUCGGUAAUUAUAUUCAUCGUGUUCACACAUUCAAAUGUAUUUGUCAUGGUUCAGUUUUGUGUGCGUAUGAAUGCGCCUCUAAAAAUCUAGUACAUUCUGUUCUGACAGAGCAGUCGUUCAACGCACUUGACAGCGCGAAGUAUACUUCGCUAUAGCAACAUUUGUUUGAAAGUAAAAACAAAAUAUCACGCUGGUCACAAAUUGCUUCAGUCUUACAUUCAAGUCGUUGUGUAUUUUAAACCCUUAUUUUUGUGUGUCACAAGAAAAACUUAUAUUUCAAAAUGAAUAAAUCGAAUUUCCUGGAUGCCGAAACCGCACACCUUGAUUCCAAAUUGCGUAUUAUUCAUAAUGAGUUUGAAGACAAUUUGAAUGAGCUGCUUGGCGGUGUCAAAGACGAAGCCGAAUUGGAGAAAACGCGACCAUAUAAAAUUAUAAAACCGGAUCCGGGUUUCUGUGUAAAAGCGCAUCGUGUGUCGAACAAUGAGAAGUGUUUCAUCAACAUUUGCACAUCGGAUGGGAUUCCAGCACCCGAGGACAUCAGCGCUGAUCAACUCACCAUGAUUCUGUCGUCCGAAACGCCAAGCAAUUACAAAAUUCCAAUGAGCAUCACCGAACUGCGCUUGACACCCGAUAAAUCCGGCAAAGACGCUGUCGUUUGUGAUGUCGCAAUACAUCCGCAAUUCUUUCGCAAGGUUGAAGCCCUUGUUAUUUUCCGUGACUUUUUGAUCACCAUCAUUUUUGAGGCGCUCGACACAAAAUAUAGCAUUCAAAUCAAUCGUGACACAUGGAUCAUUUUGAAGAAUCGCAAAUGUAUUGGUACACUGGAGAAACAUCGUGUCCAAAAUCGAGAUGUACAAAAAGUCUAUGAAUCGUAUCAAAAUCAAACAAAAGAACACAAAACAUUGAUCAAUGAAUUUAAAAGUGAUGACAUUGAUAGUCAACGGAAGAGUUUGAUAACGGAAAUCGAUUCACGCACAUCCAAAACACUUACGAAGAGCAAAAAUUUGCAAACAGUUUCAAAUGCUAAAACACCGGUAAUACCGUCACCGAAGAUCGUUGCCGCGAAUACAACACGCAAACCGGAUUGUCGUCUUUUCAAAACAACAUCCAAUGACAUCAAAUCGUCACCAUGUGCUGUCGCUGAAUUCUUUUUGCCUGAGGUCAUGGCACAAGAUGAAUUUUCAUUGGACUUGGGCCGCGAUCGAGUCGUUCUCGAAGCACGACGCGCCGGAUACCUAUUCGAUUCAUUCUUUCCGUUUGAUAUUGAUGUUGGUCAAGCCAAAAUUGACUUUGAUCCCACAAAGCAUAUUCUGACUGUGAAAGUACCGCUCCUACCUUAAGUUGUCAAACAACAAUCUGCAAAAAAAACAUGUUCAAACCGUGAAUCUAUUGAAGAAAAAUAAAUCAAAUUCCAUUUCAUAAACAAA